AUGGAUUCAAGCUCAAGUUUUUUCCAAUACCAAAAUAUGAACCACUCUGGAGCAAUCAUUAAUCCGCUACUGAAGACGUUGGAAUUUAUCGGCGCUAAAAGUCCAGAUACCCCUAGUGCUGCGUCUGUCAUGUACAAGCUACGAAAGCUUAUCAAUGCCGAAAAGAAAGUUCUGAAAAGAAGGCAUGAAUUUUUGGGUGGUGUUUCUCACUGGGUAAACGUAUUAAGUAAUCCCGAGAACAAACGCUUGUUGGUGGAAUUCAGCCGGAUUGCAGAGCUACAAGGCCGACUUGACGAAGAAAUGAUAAGAAAGAAGGAAAAUAUCAACUUGCAGUUAUACCAUGUGUCUCAAAGAGAAUCAAAAUCGGCGGAACUUAAGCUCAAAAGAGCAAGAACUUUUAAACAGCUUAGAGAUCAGGAGCGCAAAAUUGGGGAUAAUCACAAUACUUGCUUAUCGAGAGAGGCCUUGGAAGAGUUGAACAUCUCCAUUGAAGUGGUGGAUGAACAGCUAAUAAAAUCCAUUAAUACUUCAUUGCAAGGCUCUUUAGUGGAUUAUGUCCUGAGUAUGCAAAGUGUCUCUUCUGAUAUCAAGGAAGGUUGCAAUGAGUUUUUUGAAUAUCUGAAUGCCGAUUCUAUUUACAAUUGUCGCAAAAGCUAUUUAUUAGAUGACUCCUCGGAUAAGAUCCAAUAUCUUGGUUCCAGAGAAACUUCCGAGAAUAAGGAGAAUCAAUACAAGGGCCGAGCAGAAAGUGUCAAGCCUGCUGGAGGCAACAAGAAGAAAUACUUGAAUUUAACCAACUUGACUGGCCCAACUGAAGUUCGAGCAAGCACUGAGCAUCUGACUGGCCAUGAACUCAAAGAAGAACUGGGGACGUUGCAGACUCAGCCUCUCAAAUGUCCAGAUUGUGGGUCUCAACUGAAAAACGAACACACCCAACAUUCAAGUGUGUGUUCCUAUUCCAAGCAGGGAUUAAAUGAUCCGCCCGGCUCCUCCCAAAGUCUUGCAAUGCCGGGAAGGCUAGGGAUCCGCAUACCUAGCGUUUUGAAGUCUCGUGCAGGCGAAGGAUGGUAGCUGCUUUAGGCAGACAAAGGCGUCUUAUAACAUGUCUGCAAAUAAUUUUUUGCUGAUUUCGUAUGUGGAGAUCAUUAUAGCACACGAAGGCGCAAUUUUCAGGCAUCGUGGAGCUAGACCCACAAAGAGCGAGCUCAUGCCCUCGUUUUUAUAGAUGGUAUGCAACGAUUUGAACAUCGAUUCUUUGGUGCUUUUUGAGUUCACCUGCUUGUUCAAGGACCCGGCAUCUUCCAAAGAUACUUGAAGGCGUGUUUUCCCAACGUCAAAAGGAUUGGUGAAAAUUGCUGCCAGCACGCCAGACAGAGAGCCGCUAAUAAACGACCUAGCAAAUAUUUCGGCAUGCUGGUGGUCUGGCGAGCUGAAAAUUUGCAGCCGUUGUAAUCUGUCGUUCAAGUAUUCGUAAGAGGACCAGUAUAUUCCACUGAAUGGAACAUCGCGCCAAAGUGUCAGUUGCAACCCUUUGAAAAGAGAGAAAAAUCCUUUAUUUUGCACUUCUUUGAACGAGUUUGUAACGACCAUCUUCAUGAUCUCGGAGGACGUUGAGCUUGAUGUGGGAACAGCCUGGAGCCUAGUUUUUAUCAGUUCUAAUGGGGCUACCACUGUUGCAGCCAUAAUUCGCGCGAAGGAACCGCAAAGCAGAGGAUUGAAAAUCGGGAAUUGAUUUUUCAAAGGAGAUCUAUCUCGCAAGUACUCAUACCCGCUGAAGUAAACCAUAUUAGAUGGAACUGCCAUAAUAAGCAUCAGAGACAACCCUCUAUAAAGAGUGAAAACUCCUUCGUUGACAGCAAUUUUUGAAAGUCCCGAAAACGUGCCAUUAAUCUUGAGUUCUUGUGCACAUGCGUUGCUUGAGCAAAAAUAGUCUUUGCUUGGUCGUGUAGCAUCCUCCCAAAACACUUUCUUACAACAAGUUGCAGUUUGGCGGAAAUGGGGAGGAAAAAGCAGUUGUUGUUGUUGCAGCCUAAUUCGCACCACAUCAAAAGGUGUUACUACCAAAGAUGUUAAUAGUGACCCAGUGCAUGCACUCAGCAUCCUCUGCGUAAUCGUGAUGUCUGACCCUGGCUGUGG